CCAUGACCUGUGCUCUUCACGCUUGGGCAUUCGACGACAUCAAGAUGCACCCUUGCAACUCGAACAUCACCAUUCGAAGGACCUGACCAUCGUCAUCAAACCAUCACCGCGCCCGACUCCACCGCCAGUAUGCCCUCCGCGUUAAAGAUGGCCUCCAAGACCUCCGCGACCACCACAACCACAUCAACCGGCCAACCCCUGAGCGAUAUACCCCUUUCCACGGGCCGAACCGAUGCCACUGCUCCCUCCGGGACUCCCUCCACGACAUCACCCUCCGAAGCUUCUACCAUUUCCUCGACCUCCUCUCCCUCCGGCGCCUCCAGCUCCCUCCCGACCCACAACUACCGCCCCCGCGUCGCAAUCCUCGGCGCCGGCAUCUCGGGCCUCUCCGCCUCUCUCUCCCUCCGCCGGGCCGGCUGGUCCGUGACCAUCUUCGAGCGCUCGCUCUUCGCCAACGAGACCGGCGCCGCCAUCACUUUGCCUCCCAAUGCCAGCUUGUGUCUCUCGCGAUGGGGGUUUGAUUUCGAGAAGGCGGAGCCGGUGCCGAAUUGGAGUAUUCGAUUCGCGAGGGCGGAUACGUUGGAGGUUGUGAAGACUGAGGAAUAUAAGGGGUUUGGGGAGGAUAUGGGAUGGCGGUCUUGGGGCGUUCAUAGGGCGGACUUGCAUAAAGGGUUGAGGGAGUUGGUGAUCAGGGACGGGGUAAAGGGGGCGAUAUCGAACGGAGAGAGGGAAACGGAGGGUGAAGUAGAUGGGGGGCACGGAACAAAGGGGAUGGUCGAUGGAGGGCCGGUGGAUAUACGGCUAGGAAGGGAAGUAGUUGGAGUGGAUUGUGAAGCGGGUGUGAUUGAGUUCAAGGAUGGGUCAAAGUCUGGUAGAUGGGAUCUGGUUGUUAUUGCCGAUGGCGCACACUCCAAACUCCUCCCCUACAUCCUUUCUCCCUCCAUGUCCCCGAAAGACGCCAAACCGCAAGACCUCAGCCCACAAGAAAAAGAACCACAAGUGCAACCCAACCCCCAAACACUCGCCCGCCCAACCGGCCGCUCAAUCUACCGCUUCCUCCUCCCCCUCCUCCCCCCCUCCCCGCUCCUCGCCAACCCUCACCUCCGGCCACACUUCCUCCCUUACAGUCAAGGCGGCCCCUUACCGGGCUUCCUCUCCUGGCACGACCCUAUUCGGGAUGUGCUCUGGGUGUCUUACCCCUGCCGCGGCGGGCGCGUGCUCAACAACGCCAUUGUGCAUGACACGCAGCCUGGGGAGGCGGGGGAGUCGCCGGGUUGGUCGACGGCGGUGGGGAGGGAGCAAGUUUUGAGGGUGGUGGAGGGUUUCCAUGAGGGGGUGAAGGGGUUGGUUGAGAUGGCUUAUGCUGGUGGUGCCGGGGAUGGUGAUGGUGAUGAUGAGGAGGAGGGGGAUGGAGUGGAGAAGGCGGUGGUGGUGGAUGAGGGUUGUAGAGGUGAAGAAAGGGGGACCCUGACAGGAGAGAAAGGGAUCAAGGUCCAUCACUUGUUCAAAAGGCCAGCUUUGAACUCGUUCGUGCGUGGCAGAGCAGUGGUUAUAGGCGACGCGGCGCAUGUCAUGAUGCCUACGCACGCAGCGGGGGGCGCCAUCGCUAUUGAGUCUGCUGCCACGAUGGAGGUCCUCUUUCGCGGGUUUCCUCCCUCUGAGACUUCUUCGCAGCUUGAAGAGUUCGUCAAGGGCAGGCUGAAGCUAUUCGAUCAGCUUCGGAUCCCGAGGUGUAACUUGACCAUGUUGGCGUCGAAUGCAGGGCCCAAGUGGUUGAACGUCGAAGGCGUGGAGGAGGAGGUCAGGAGGUAUUACAAGGGACCGUUGCCGCAUAAGGAUGCGUUGCCGUGGACAAGGGAGUUUAGGGAAGUCUUGUUUUGUUAUGAUGCGUUCGAGGCGGCGAAGGAGGCGGUAAGGAAGGAGGAGGCAGCUGCUGCGGGUUUCAGUUCCGAGUCAAAGGGCUCGGAAGUGAAGGUCUCGGAGGUGGAGGCUGAGAACAUGUGACUGGAGACUGUAGAUGUGACCGGCUAAGUUGGGCAUGAUGACAUCUAUUGAGCCUCUUUUGUCCGAGGAUUCAUCCGUGUGGUUUGUGGUGUGGCAUGUGCUUGUGAA